AUGACCACAACUCAACCUCAUCUCUCUCAAAUCUUCUCUUCGAUUAUGACGAUAUCAGAGAUCCUUCCGUUCUACUCUCGCCCAGACUGAGUGCACCUGUUCAUGACCAGGUUCACCUCCGAGUCCAGACGGAUCUGGCUGACCCAGAUCUACAAGUGGAGCAAGGUCUUCUCUCCUUGGAAACAGUGAAUGUACCCAAUCCUUGUUGAGAAUAUAGAGCCAGUAGCAACUGUGGGACCUCGGUUGUUCCUGAAGUAUUUUUUCAGAGUGAAUUACAAAGAAAUAGAGAAAGCAGUCAAGUUUGUUCAAGAGUCUCUUCCAAUAGAAAUUUAUUAUAUUCAGAUAUCAGAUCGAAAUUUUGAUCUCAUUAAGAAUUUGACAUCACCAGCUGCUGAUUACCAAAAUUUAAGAGGAACUAAAGGCUCGAAUGGCUUGCAAGAGACAGUAAAGACGUUGAAAGAUCUACCUGCUAGGCUUGAGGUUUUGUGAGAAAUAAUAAAUGAAAAAUAUGAAAAAUUAACAUUGGAAAAGUUAAAAAUUCAACACUAUCAGUACAAAUUGCACACAAAGCCUAUCAAGCUGUACAAGGUUCCUGAGAUUUUUAUCUUAAGUUUCGGCGUAACUUGGACAGACGAAUUAUUACUGCUUGAUUCAUGAUCAAAUGUCUGGUUUGAUAAAGACUUUUCAAGGCUUGACGCAGAUACUAUAAAGAGAGAAUCAAGAAAACUAUUUUACAUCAACAAUGACCGCGAGCUCAACAAAUUUACAGAUAAAACAUUGAAAAUUCCGAAUUUAUUUUUUGAAUCGAAAGAGGAGAUAAUAUUCAGUUUUUGAAAAAGAUUAGAUCCACAUAAAAUUUGCAAUAGCGACACGCUUAAGACUAUCAAAAACAAAUGAGGUAGACUUGAGUCUUUGUGUUUUCACUUAGACACUGGAACUUUGAAGUAUGAAUGAGCUGUCGUUGUCCGAGAAGCAAUUGAAAUAUUCCCCCAUUGAAAGAUAGUAUUUGGCUACGGAGCUUUCGCAGAAAUUUCAAAGUUUGAUAUUUUAUGCAGCAAGGCAGUUGUAACUUUAGUUGAAAAUGGCAAACAAAUUACCUACUACCUUAGAGACUGAAAAGUGAAAACCAGUGAUGAUUUAUUAGUGGAUUCUGAAAAGCAUAUUCAAAUAGCUAGCAUUUUGGCUGUUUUAGGAAUAGUUUGAGGAGUUGACAUCCAGUUGAUAGAUUGAGAAAAUAAUGAAUAUCAGAAAUUCAAUCGUAAAGAUGAUCAAGAUCAUGAUCGUUCAAGCAAAAGCACAGAUUCAAUGCCAAACUCAGUAGUAACCAUUCUAUCGACAGAUAUAACCAAGAUCUGAGUAUAAAUCCUGGAUCUUUUGAAGGAAGCAAGUUAUCUUUUAGAUGCCUAUACGACUACAAACAAAUGUGCAAAAUACCUGUAAAAUUAAGUCUCAACUUUGAAAGAUUUACUGUUGAAACAAAUAUGAUUUCAUUGGAAGCAAGCAUUUAUGAGAAAAUAAAGACUGAAGCUGUGUUAUUAAACCUGAAUGAUCUAAAUAUAGGAUUUGAUACUUUAUUUCCAGAAGCAAUCUGAAUGGUCAAAUAUUUAGCAGAGAAAUGAAAGAGCAUCUGGAAAUGAGAAUUUAGGUUUAAGUUUCAAAAUGAUGCAGAAAGAGUGAAAAUAUUGAAGACAUUCUUUGAAAUUUUAAAAGACAAUAGCCAUAUCCAAAAAAUGAAUUUACUCUUUUACCAUGAGGAAAAAGACCCAAAGCAAUGGAGAGUUAUU